GGGGCGGCGGGACAUCGGGGCGGAUACGGGCACCAGGAACUGGGACGGGGACCGAGAUGGGGACUUGGAACCGGGAUCAGAGACCGGGAUGGGGAGUCCGUCCUGGUCCCCAGUCCCGGUCCCAGAUCCCCGAUCUUUGAUCCCGGUCCUGGAGACGGUCCACUGCCGUUACCGCAGCACUACCCCGGGCCAUCCCCCACUCCGGGGAUCUCCGUGCCGCCGUACUGCCGGCACUGCCGGCCCCGGGCCGGGGGAAAUCCAUGCCGGGGCCGGAGGGAGUCUGCGUGCGUGAGUCACUGGGGCCGGGAGACGGCACCGGCCGCUCUGACGGUCCCGUCCCGCCGCAGCUCCGGCUCGUCCCGGGGAUGCAAAACUCGAUCGAGGCGACAGCGGCGGCUCGGAGCUUCUCUCGUGGUCGAUGUUGAAGGUCCCGCAUAGGAAUCCGAGCGGGAUGGCGGCAGCCGGCGCCGGGACCGUGAUGGAGGAGCUGGCCUGGAGCCCCGGGGUGGCCUUGCGCCCCCCGCCCGGGCUGGAGGCCAAACUGGGCUCCCUGGUGCUGCUGCUGCUGCUGCCCCUCGCCUGCGGCCUCGCCCCGCUCUGCUGCUUCCGACAGCCCCCCAGCUCUGCCGACCCCCGUGGCCCAGUGCUCAGCCUGGUGAGCUGCUUCGCAGGUGGUGUCUUCCUGGGCACCUGCCUGCUCGACCUCCUGCCCGACUACCUGGACAGCAUCAACGCAGCGCUGGAGGGGCUGCGUGUCACGCUGCAGUUCCCCUUGGCCGAGUUCAUCCUGGCCAUGGGCUUCUUCCUGGUGCUGGUGCUGGAACAGGUCGCGCUGGCGCAGCGAGAGCCUCCAGUCCUGUCAGAGGAGACCCGAGCCCUGCUGCCCACCACCGGCUCCAUCCAGACCCCACCACCACAACCUGCUGCCGUCACCAGUGCCCGGGGGGCCAUCAGGGCAGGGUUACUGGUGCUGGCCUUGGCUCUCCACUCUGUCCUGGAGGGGCUGGCACUGGGGCUGCAGGAGGCUGAGGGGGCUGUGCUGAGGGUCUGCCUGGCCCUGCUGCUCCACAAGUGUGCUGUGGCCUUCAGCCUGGCCUUGAAGCUGCUGCGGGGCCGCCUGCGCCCACCCGCCGUGGCUGCCUGCCUGGUCCUCUUCUCCAUGAUGUCCCCUUUGGGCGUUGGGCUGGGGACGGUGGUGGCAGCGGGCGCGGGGCCGCGGCAGAGGCUGUGCCGUGGGGUGCUGGAGGGAUUGGCAGCUGGGACCUUCCUCUACAUCACUUUCUUGGAGAUUUUGCCCCAGGAACUGGGGGUGCCCCAGCAUCGUGUCCCCAAAGUCAUCCUACUUCUUGCCGGCUUUGCCCUCGUCACUGCCAUCCUCUUCAUCAAGAUCUGAGAUGCUGCCUACCUGGGGAGCAUCCCUCUGCCCCCCCAUCUCUGUGCCAAAGUUGCCAAAGCACCGCUUCAGGGGCUGUUCCUGCCCACCCUGUGCACCCCAGGGCUGGCUGGGGGCAGUCUGCCUACUGGGAGCCCCUACGCCAGUGAGGCUCAGUGCCGCACCCCAUGUCCCCACCUGCACGGGAGGAAUGGUGCUGUCCCCCACCAUGGGACCCCAGAGUAUGUGUGUGUGGGGGGGGUGAGCAAUUUCCCCCACACACACUGCAUGCCCACAAGUGCUCUUACAGUGUAGAUAGGUGCCCCAGGGUGCACAGCCCUGGUCCCCACCCCGGACCCCCCACACGUGGAGAGGGGUGGUGGAUGAAGCAAAUAAAGGACUGGACCUGA